AUGUAUCGCUGCUUCACCAUACUAAUACCUUCUGUUCAAGAGUUAGUAAAGCAAACCAUUACUAAUGUUCCAGAACAAUAUGUUCAAUCAAAUCAAGACCCUAUUGUUCUAUCUAACACAAAUUCUUUACCACAAGUUCCUGUCAUCGACCUGCAUAAAUUGUUGUCUGAUGAUACAACUGAGUUACAAAAGCUCCACCAUGCUUGCAGAGAAUGGGGUUUCUUCCAGCUGAUUAACCACGGAGUCAACACUUCACUUGUUGAAAACAUGAAGAUAGAUGUUGAACAAUUUUUCAACCUUCCAAUGGAAGAGAAGAAAAAGAAAUUUUCGCAAACACCGAAUGAUAUACAAGGGUUUGGUCAGUUGUUUGUUGUAUCUGAUGAACAAAAGCUAGAUUGGGCAGACAUGUUCUAUAUUAACACUUUGCCUUUAGACUCAAGGCAUCCAGAUCUAAUUCCCAACAUUCCCGAACCAUUCAGAGAUCAUCUAGAGAUAUAUUGUUUAGAACUGAAAAACAUAGUUGUUACAAUGAUUGGUCUUAUGGAGAAAGCCCUUAAGAUUAAAUCCAACGAGUUAGUAGAGUUAUUCGAAGAUGUUUCUCAAGGAAUGAGGAUGAAUUACUACCCUCCAUGUCCUCAACCAGAAAAUGUUAUUGGAAUAUAUCCGCAUUCCGAUCUCGGAGCCUUAACGAUACUUCUCCAAGCUAAUGAGAUCGAAGGCCUUCAAAUAAAAAAAGAUGGACAGUGGAUUCCAAUUCAACCUCUCCCUAAUGCUUUUGUCUGCAACAUCGGAGACAUGUUAGAGAUCAUUACGAAUGGAAUUUACCGAAGCAUCGAGCAUCGAGCGAUAGUGAAUUCAAAGGAGAGGAUCACUAUUGCUACAUUUCAUAGGCUUAAUAUGAGAAGAGUUAUAGGUCCAACACCAAGCCUUAUUUCUGCUGAAAGACCUGCAUUGUUCAAGACAAUUGGUGUGGCUGAUUUCAUUAAUGGAUACCUGUCACGCAAGCUAGAAGGGAAAUCAUAUUUGGAUGUUGUAAGAAUUGAAAAUGAGAUUGGUAAAUAA